AUGGGGCGUAGACCAGGAAGGUGUUAUAGAUACAUCAAAAACAAACCAUAUCCGAAAUCUAGAUUUUGUCGUGGAGUUCCAGACUCUAAACUAUCUAAGUACGAUUCGGGUAAAAGAAAAGCCGAAGUUUUAGAAUUCCCAGUCUGCACUAAUCUUAUCUCAAUGGAAAGAGAACAAAUCUCAGCCGAAGCUCUAGAAGCAGCUCGUAUUGCUCUUAAUAAGUACUUAACUACCUCUCUAGAGAAGAAUGCUUUUCACUUCCGAGUCCGAGUACAUACGCAUCAUGUCGUUAGAAUCAACAAAAUGUUAAGUUGUGCCGGGGCUGAUAGAUUGCAAACUGGAAUGAGAGGAUCAUUUGGUAAACCUUAUGGCCGAACAGCUCGAGUAGGUAUUAAUCAAGUUUUGAUAUCAGUAAGGAGUAAAGAAGGAUCGGAAGAGAAAGUCCGAGAAGGUUUAAGACGAGCGAUGCAUAAGAUUGCUGGUAAGCAAAGGAUUGAAGUUUCAGAUAAGCAUGGAUUUACUUCAUUUUCACGGGAGGAGUUUGAUCGGCUUAAGGAAGAGGGCAGAUUGCUAGGUAUGGGUAUUGGUGCUGUUGCUAUCAAGGCCAAAGGUUCAAUUACUGAGUAUAUUGAGAACAUCUCUAAUGCUCUAUAA